CCAUUGGUCGCGGGCUCUCCGCCCAUCAUAGUGGCCUAACUUCUCAGGGGUUCAAGAAAAACACCCAGCCAAACGGUUUAGGAGCAGUAGAUCUUCUGUUGCUGCAAAUAUGUUUAAGAUUGUGUCUCGUUUCAGCGGCCCGUCUGUGGGUCAUAUAGGAGAAUCCUGCAGCUUGAUUGGUUCGGCCAAAUUCCAUGUGGCAAAUGGUGCAUUAUGUCAAAAGUCAGCCGUCAAAUCCCCAGCCACAGACCUCCCAGAGAUGCCACCGUGUGAUUUCAAACCAGUGGAGUACAAGGACCUGUCCAAAGAGCGCAUGAUGGAGAUCCGUAGGCAGAACUGCCACCCCAUGACGAUGAAGGUUACAUACUAUAAGAAACCAGUCUUCAUCCACCAGGGCCACAUGCAGUGGCUGUGGGACGUGGAUGGUAAACGAUAUCUGGACCUGUUCGCUGGUGUGGCCACUGUCAGCGUGGGCCACUGCCACCCAAAAGUGACAGCAGCUGCAGAGAAGCAACUGAGGCGGUUGUGGCAUACUACUAACAUCUACGUCUAUCCUACUCUCCAUGAGUAUUGUGAGAAACUAGCCUCCUUCUUCCCAGAUCCUCUGAAGGUGGUAUAUCUGACCAACAGUGGCUCAGAGGCCAAUGACUUGGCUAUGCUGAUGGCUCGACUUCAUACCGGCAACUAUGACAUUAUCACUUUCAGAGGGUCAUACCAUGGCGGCAGUCCACAAACCAUGGGUCUCACCUCCAAUGCAGCAUAUAAAUACCCUGUGGCCAACGGUUUAGGCUGCACCAACACAAUGUGUCCCGAUGUGUUCAGAGGUCCGUGGGGAGGAAGCCACUGCAGGGACUCUCCGGUACAGACCAUCCGAGAAUGUGGCUGUGCUCAAGGUCAUUGUAUGGCAAAUGAACACUACAUUGGACAGCUCAAAGAGACACUUGUAACCAGUGUUCCAAGUCGAAUUGCUGCUUUCUUUGGAGAACCUAUUCAGGGUGUGGGAGGAGCUGUCCAAUACCCUAAAAACUACCUGAAGGAGGCUUACAGACUUGUAAGGGAGAGAGGUGGGAUCUGCAUCGCUGAUGAGGUCCAGACUGGGUUUGGGCGGACAGGAAGCCACUACUGGGGUUUCCAAGGCCAUGACGUAAUUCCUGACAUGGUUACAAUGGCAAAGGGCAUUGCCAAUGGAUUCCCUAUGGGAGCCGUUGUUACAACACCAGAAAUUGCUGCUUCCUUUGGCAAGGGAGUUCACUUCAACACCUUUGGAGGAAAUCCUGUGGCUUGUGCCAUCGCUUCAUCAGUGCUGGAUACUAUCAAAGAGGAUGGCGCGCAGCAGAUCAGCCAUGAUGUGGGCACCUAUCUGCUGACAGAACUGGCCAAAUUCAGAGACAAAUAUGAGAUUAUCGGUGACGUCCGUGGAAAAGGCCUGCAGAUUGGUGUGGAAAUGGUCAAAGACAAGGCCAGCAGAGACCCGCUGUCCCCCGAGGCGAUGUCUGAGAUCUUUGAGGACGUCAAGGACAUGGGAGUCCUGAUUGGGAAGGGAGGAUUAUAUGGACAGACUUUCCGCAUUAAGCCCCCUAUGUGCAUCACCAGGGAGGAUGCAGAUUUCUUCCUGGCGGUUUUUGACAAGUCAGUCCACAACUACAUGAGCAGGAGAUGAACGGGCUGAGUCAGACACUCACAAUGCCGAGGGAUAGCGGGACUACUCUUGCUAACAUGGAUCCCCACUCAGCCGUGGAUUAAGCCUCUGUAAAUCUCAAAUUCCUGGUUUGAAGCACACAAACGGGGCUUCAAACCAGGGCUCUGUUCAUGCCUUUGCAUAUUCACUGUGAAAGGGAACUUUACGAUAAUCCAUAUGUUGCAGUUACUGAUCUGAAAGACCUCUGAGCGACACACAGUCCAUCAUCUCUGAUUAAAACUGGUGGAAGGCAAUUUUUCAUAAAGUGCAGGCUUCACUACACAAAACUGAGAGCAUUUAUCACUCGUCUGAUAGGAGAAAACGUCUAACUGCAGACUUCCUAACAGGCUUGAAAUUUAACUUGUCCUGUUUCAGUCUACUAAAUAAUGAUUGAACUUAACUUUACACUAACCGUGCUCGUCAUUUAUUCUGUAAUUUGUAAAUAAAUGUUCUUUUCCUUCCUAAAUGUGAAUGUAUUAAUAAUGAGCCUCUAAACUUAAAGCAUGGUUUAAGUUUUAAAACAUCGUCUGGCAUCAUUUAGAAUCACACCAGGCAAAAAUUCACUGGUUGAAGUACCAGGGUUCCCACUAAGUUGACAAAAGUAAAAUUCCCAGACUUUUCCAUGACUAAAAUGUUGAAUAUCCAUCACCUGUAUAAAACUAUUUUUGUCUUUGACCAGAAUUUUAAACACAACUAAGCUUCAGAGGAGUGUAUUGUUCUGUUUGACUAUGAAAGUUGCUUUUCAUUCAGGAAAACGAACAUAAGAUGAAGGCAAUGAGCGAUAAAUAUUAUGUUUGGUGAAUAACAAGUCACUGACUUUUCAUACUGAGGCUGAAAAAAUAUUCCAUGACUUUUCAGAAAUUUCAUGACCUCUGUGAACCCUGCAGUGUUGAGAAAUUUACCACUAUUCUGUAUCUUCUUUGUGGAGUUCAAAACAACUGUGUAUCUCCUUUUUUUUCUUGAAAACAGGAAGCUCACAGUACAAACACAUCAUUAAAGGUUCUACUGAAUAAAUGGCUCACAAAUCAUACUUUCAGUGAGAGAUAAAAACAUUUGA